CUUACUUAACUUUGUUCAAUUUGAAGGUGAAUGAUUGGAAAAAUUGGUCGUGACCUAAUUUCAAGGUCGCCUCGCCUUCAGUUUAUGUCUUAUCGAGAGGAUGGUUUUCGAGUCUUUGGUUGUGGAGCUUAUUAAUAGAUAUUUGGGCUCAUAUAUCGAGACGUUAAAUGCAUCUCAACUGAAAAUUGGUCUACUUGGAGGAAAUGCACAACUUGACAAUCUCGAUAUCAAACCUAAUGCGUUUGAUGAUUUGGAUUUGCCUAUUAAGGUCUUGCAGGGACACAUAAGUUCAUUAACCCUCAAAAUACCUUUCAAAAAUCUCUUCACGGAACCGACGGUUGCCGAGUUGUCAGGACUCUAUGUUCUGAUUGUUCCAAAUAUAGCUGUGCAGUACGAUGAGUCUAAGGAGAGGCGGUACGCUAAGGAAGCGAAGCAAAAGGAGUUAGCCAGCGUGGAGGCAGCACGUCUGAAACCUAAACAAUCUGACGAUCAAAAAGUGGACUCUUUUGGUGAGAAGUUAGCUGCCCAGGUUAUUAAAAACUUGCAAAUAUCCAUCAAAGAUAUUCAUAUAAGAUAUGAGGAUAGUUACAGUAUUCCCAAUCGUACUUUCUCUCUUGGACUAACGUUGAGUGGACUAACAUUCCAAACUUGUGAUAAUGAUCAAAAGCCCAUUCUUAUUAAAGACGAGUCUAUACGUGAAUUUAACAAGUUUGUUAAACUAACAAGCCUUGGAGUUUACUGGAAUCCAAUGUCCACUAAGUUUGCGGAGAAAGCUAGAGUUCCUCUACGAAGUGCUAUGCGCAAUUCAAUUGCUAGCCCGGAUAAUCUGAACACUGGCUUCCAAUACUUAAUAAGACCUAUCUCGUCUACGGCUAUGUUGCAUAUCCACACAAGACCAGAGGAAACAAACUAUUCAGUCCCACAAAUGGAUUUAGUUGUUGAUUUCUCUGAAAUUGAAUUAAGUUUUAGCCUUUCUCAGUAUCAUGAUGUUACAUCUUUUUUGGACGCCCAAGAUAGAUUGAUGAUUCAGGGAAAAUAUCGCAAAUACAGACCAUCAGUGCCUAUUCUGCAAAAUUGUAAAGCUUGGUGGCAUUUUGCAUACAAUGCCAUCUUAGAGGAGUCUAUUCGUCGUCGACGCCGCAUGUGGUCAUGGGAACACAUAGCAAAACACAGAAAAAUAUCUCGGGACUAUAUUUCAAUUUGGAAAAAGAAGUUAUCUGGAGAAAAACUCAGUCAAGUUCAGCUAAAUAAUCUUGAGGAAUAUGAAGAAUUUUUGGAUGUAUUCAAUAUUGUGUUGUGCCGGCAACAAGCUGAGCUCCAGUUCAAUGCUUCUAAAAAGAAACAGGAACAAAAAGCUAACAAUAAGGGUGGUGGUUGGUUCAGUUGGUUUUCACGGGGUUCUUCAUCUACACCAGAUGAAACAGAAAGCACAUCCGAAGGUGAUUUAAUGAAACGUUUGCAAACUGAAAUGACUCCAGAAGAGAAGUCUCGCCUAUAUGCUGCCAUUGAUUAUUCAGAAUCAGCAGCCUCAGGUGUUUCAGGUUCAGCUAUGAAUUUCCCAGCCAGUUAUGUAUCUUCUUCUAUUGCCGUUACUUUAAGGCAAUUGAGUCUUGUAUUACUCGAUGAUAAAUUGAAUGAUCCUAAGAUUCUUAAAUUCUCCGUAAACAAACUCACUGCUGAUGUUAAACAACGUGCUGGGGACCAAGCUCUAGCUGUUGCAUUACGACUAGACAGCCUAGAAGCUGUUGGAGCUCAGCCAACAUUAAAAGAAUCCUGUCUUGUCAAGUCUUCAAUCAAACCUGUACUUAUAACCAGUCGUGUGAGCCACUCACCGGUCGAUGGCGUCUCUCAAAAAAUUACCGCAUCACAAUCCAGUCAUUUGUUGGUUAUUGAUUUUGAGAAAAAUCCUCUUGAUCGUAAAGCUGAUCAGUGUUUACUUGUUCAAGCUGAUCCAUUACAAAUAGUUUAUGAUGCUGAAACUAUCAAUAAGAUUGUUCAUUUCUUCACUCCACCAAAAGAUGUUCACUUACAAGAAUUAUCGAAUACAGUGUUGUCAUCUUUUGAAGAAGCUAAAGAAGUUACAACAAGCGGUCUACGACAUUUGGCUUCUAACCGAUCUUAUACAGAUGUUCGUAUUGACAUUAAACCUAGUUACUUUAUCCUACCAGACUCUGGUGUUUUCAGAAGUGAUUGUCGUCUUUUACUGGUGGACCUUGGAAGUCUUGUAGUUAAUUCAAGUCGUACCACACUUCCAUCAGCCUGCAAAACCAAGCCAGAUGAAGAGACUUUGAAGAGUAAAGCUGAUUCAACAAUAAAAGAAUCUGAUACAAAACUCAUCAGUAAAGCGAAACAUAAAUCUGGAAAACUGACAUUUGAUGAAUUAAAAGAUGAGGCUUACGAUAAAUUUCAUAUCAGUGUAUCAUCAGUUCAAGUUUUAAUGGUUAAUGAAGGCCAGGAUUGGAGAAGCCUUAGGCAGCUGGACAAAUCACCGAAUCAUAUUCUCAAGCCAUUGGGUUUGAACUGCACACUAAAACGGUGUCUACUACAUAAUGAUAUAAAUCUACCAAGAAUUAUUGUUGAUGGUUGUUUACCUGUAUUCAGUGUGGAUUUAACAGAUAGAGUUCUUCAAUCAUUGUAUGAGUUAAUUGUAAAUGUUCCAUUCCCAGAGCCAGAUAAAAGUCUAACAACACCAGCGAAUGCUGAUGAUCUACUUAAAGAUGUUAUAGUGUUACCUAAUUCAAUAGCACCUGGAUCAGUGCUAGCUACAAGAGAUUUAAUCAGAGUUACGCGUCAGUUUAACAGAAGUGACAGUGACUCAACAUUAAGCAGUUUAAUGUCAGACACAGGAGAAGAUUUACCAGAGGAUAGUGAAAAUGAUCAGACUAGUCAACAGUCAAGAUCAGAGGGUGAUUUAGAUGAAAGUGACGAUCAUGCAAGUCGAUUGGAACGUGCAAGAACUAAAUCAUUAGCUGUUAAAUCCUUGCGUCAACGUGAUCAAUCUAAUCUACGGCGUAAACGAGCCCAAUUGAUUGAUUUAAAAGUGGAUUUUGUUAUACGCAGAAUCGAAGUUCAGGUAUUAGAGCGUCAAUCAGAUGCAGCAGCAAAACAUGCUGAAGAUCGUUUAAUUCUAUCGUUCAAUGUCCAUGAAGUUGGUACUAAUUUAAUUAAGCGUCGUUGGACUCAAGAGAUUAAGGCCCAUAUUGGUACAUUAUCAGUGGCUGUUCCACAGUUUACAAAUAAAGAGACUUUUGAGCCAGUGUAUUUAGCACGGACAAAACGUCAUAAAGAAGGCCAUCAUUUGUUGUCAGUGCAUUUAACUAUUGCAGAGAAAAAUGCUCCCGAUUUUGAUACACAAUAUCAAAAUACACGUCAUCGUUUGCAGUGUGACUUUAAGGUGUUAGAUGUGUACAUUCAUCAAGAGGCUACUCUGCUAAUAAUGAACUAUUUCAAUAAUCUACUAUUAACACUUUCUAAACAAGUGAAAAAAGUUGAAGAAACACCUGAAAUUGAAUGGGCUGCCAGUAUUGGAGAUAAAGAAGGUUUAGAAGAGGCUAAACGUCGGGCUGCACAAGAAGCUGAAAUGAAUAAACAGCUGCCUGCACGGCUAACAGCUGUAGAUGCAGUUGAAAGUCAUAUUGCUCGAAAAAAUGAACGUCGUACUAUACGUAUUGAAGCAGCGUCUGAAGCACAAAAGUCAGGUAAAGUUGCACUGAUUCGUGAAUUGAAUAUUACACAAUGGAUGGUGAAUGCAACUAUGGACAAAGUUGAAAUAACAAUGGGUUCAAAAGAUGCCAAUUUACUUUCAAUUGCUGUUAAUGGUCUAAGAGUUGAUGUUCGUACAACAUAUAAUACUUUAGAAGCUUCUACAAUUUUAUCAGAAUUCAGUGUAAUUGAUCACAUUGUAAAUACAUCUUAUCGAAAGAUUUUGUGGGUUGAUCCAUCAGAGAAUAUUGUUUCACUGCAAUUUACACAUUUCCAAGAUGGGACUAAAUCUCUACAGAAUUCAGUUGAUCCGGACAAAGUAGACAUGGCUAUCAAUCUCCAAAUAGGAAAAUUACAUUUAAUAUUUCUGUAUCAUUUUAUCACACGUCUACUGAAUUUUAUGCAAGCCUAUCAAAAUGCAGCUGACGCUAUGCUAAAUAAGGUUCAAGCUUUAUCAGAUGCAGCUGUUCAGCAGGUACAACAAGCAGUAGAUAACUCGGUUCAAACCCGUCUAAGUUUGAACAUUAUUGCACAAGCUCCAGUUAUAUAUGUGCCACAACACUCAAUGUCAGAUGUUUCUCUAAUGCUUGAUUUUGGUCGUAUCACAUUGUCAAAUCACUUUGAAUUUAUAAAGUCAGUAAGUCAGUUACCGGAUGCACAACUUGCCGUUCCCGAGUCUGGUAUAAUGUUAGAACAUAUGAUAGUUAGAUUAGAAAAUCUACGAUUAUCAAGAAUAAUACUAGCAGAGAAUUCUGUAACAGCUGAAAAGCAUGUUUUACUCCCAGUUAAUGUUGAAUUGAAAAUGCGUCGAAAUCUCAAUCCGGAUGUAUAUUCUGGAAUACCAAUCUUAUUGGUUAAAGGCGGUUUAAAUGCAAUCAGUAUUUCAAUGUGUCAGGGUGAUUAUCGUGUUGUUCAAGAGGUGUUGAUUGAUAAUUUCAGUGAAUUACCACCGACUGCUCAAUCUCAACCUACAUUGACAUCAUCAGAUUCUACGAAAAAGCCGGGGAAUGCUAAUUCUACACCUAGUGGCACUAAAAAUGAACUUGUGCCAUCACAAAAGGCCGACGAUAAAAACAUUUCCCCAUCAAAUGUUGAUAAUAAAGAUUCAGUUAAGGUGGCUGUCAGUUUUGAUUUAGGAAUGGAAAGUGUUACCCUAAAUUUAUACACUGGUGAUCAACCACAGGCUGAUUGGCAUACUGGUUUCACAGAUGAUAAACGACUAGCUAUCCUCAAUCUGACAAAGUUUAAUGUAGCCGGAGAGAUUGCCUCAGAUUCUUCUUCACAGAUCAUUGCUAAACUACAUGAUAUCAAACUGAAGGAUAGUCGACCUGGUUCAGAAAAACAAAUUACCAAAGGUCAAAUAUUAAGAAUUUUGGAUCAUUCUGGUGCAGAAGAUAAUCGUCAUGAGGAAUUGAUUUAUGUUGAAUUCAAACAAGAUGCUUCGUUGAAUAAGCAAAUCGGUAUCAGUCUGCGUAGUAUCCAUUUAUGCGCUUCAAUGGAUUAUCUGAUGUCGUUGGCUGAUUUCCAACUGCAAAGCACACCUGCAUCGAAAAAUGAAAUAACCGAUUUGCCCCCAAUCACUGAUAAAGGCAAACAGAAACGAUUGAACAGUGGAACAUCUACAAAAAUAAAACGACCAAAAGUUGAACAACCGCCAACCACAUAUCCCUACAGCUUGGAAUUGAAGGUUCAGAUAGCUAAUCCUGAACUUGUUCUAGUGGAGGAUAUCUACAAUGAAGACAGCAAUGCUAUCAAGCUUACUACUGCCUUGAGCUUUACAUAUACUAUGCAACAAGAUGUGAUUGUUAUGAAUGCCUUGAUCAAUGGAUUAUCCGUCGCUGCUUGUCCUUACAAUGAAAACGUUGGUGGAACCUUUUCUAAAGAGAUUUUGUCUCCAACUGACUUGAGUUUUUACUCAUCUCAACCUGUUAACGGUAGCAUUCAUGGAACACUUAACAUGGAUACAUUAACUAUCAAAAUAAAUCCAAAUACAAUCAGGCUGUUAUCCACUAUAUCUGCUUCUGUUCAAUCGUCAAUCUCCACUAGUAAAACUCUACCCGCCAAUGAAUCUGUUUCAAGUGAAUUGGUAAAAGUAUCCGAUGGCAAAACUGUAGAUGAUAAGUCAUAUGCUAAUUUUUGGAAACCAAUUCCAAUUGAAGAAUUAAAUAUGCCUUAUUUAGGACUUUCAUCAGAUGGGAAGAAUCAAAAUGAAACGCCCGAAGUUGCGUGUGAUGUUUCAAAGGUUAUGGAGGAAAUCGAAAAUCGACGCAUAGAUAUCAUUAAUGUUCGAUUAAAAACUGUUCGUAUCAUUCUGGAAUCACAGUUGGACACUAAAACUAUGCCCAUGCUAGUUCUCGACUCUUCAGUUGAUGCGGUUUUGAACAGACCAAGUACAAAUCUUGAAAUAAAAUUUAUGAUCGAUUUAUCCUUGUCAUACUAUAAUGAUUCUCUUAAUCAAUGGGAACCGUUAAUUGAAACUCUACCAGAUGAAGGUGAUCGUAUGUGGUCACUUCAGCUGGAGUUGAUGAGUAUUAAUAAAGCAGAGUGUUUAGCAGAAGAAGACUGGGAAGAAGUUGGCUGUCUACAAGCAUCAACUAAUACAAUGCUAAUUGUAUCCAGAGAUAAUUUAGAAAUCACUCUGUCUAAAACUGCUUUAGAUAUGCUUAGUAAUUUAGGACGUUCAUUUGAAGCAGCUUAUAAAUUGAAAAAUAUCAAAUCUAAAUACGAUGAUGACUCGGCCAAUCAAAUUAUAGCACCUUAUCGUAUUGUCAACAAAACUGGUUGUCAAUUAGGCAUACGUUAUAAUUCUCAGGCUUUAUCACUUCUUCAACUUGACAAUACUGGCAAUAUUCAACAUUUAGAUAAAUCAAUCGGAUCAAGCAGUAGUACACAUUACAAUUCAAUAGUACUCAAUUCUAAACAGGAAAUUGGGCUAACUGAAUUAGUUAAAACAGAGAAGAAACAAUCUGUACUUUCCUCAAGUUCAUCGAAGGAUUCACGUCAUCAUAUCUGGAUUUCAUUGGCUGACAGCAGCAAAACACAGCAUAGUCGUGAUGGUGGUGGUGGUGGCACACCUAGUACAGAAGCUGUAUUUCGUUUAUAUCGUGGUGACAGUGAUCUACUGUGCUUAUCAAAAGAUGCCUCUGCUACAACUACUUCAAAUUACAAUACAGUUUAUCCAGUAAUGGCUGAAGUUAAUGCCUGUUUAGGUAUGAAGUCAAUUACUCUUCGAUCGACUGUUCAGGUGUUGAAUCGAACUUCUGAACGUAUCUGCAUCUAUUCACAUUUAAUCAAAUCUGCCGCAAUGAAACAGCCUGGCUUACUAGCAGUCAUUGAUGCAGGCGAAUCAUAUGCCCUUCCUGUUGAGUUGGUUAGCUCUCGUCAGUACACAGGUAUAUUCAUUGGACCAGAAUUUGAAAAACCGAUCCUCUCUGUUACUCCUGCAUAUUGGCCUGAAUUCGCUUGCGGUAUGAUGAAAUGCGCUAAAGACAAUGACGUGAAUUUACCGUUUCUUGCCCCAUGUGCUGAAUCUAUGUCAAGUACUUCAGAGAGUGAAAAUGCCAAUGCACCACAAUAUCAAUGGCCUCAUCAAUUAAUGGAGUGUCAAUCACAUUUCAAUGAAACAGUUUACUUUUAUUCUGUCGCUGUAUUGUAUUAUAAUCAACAGCGUAGUUUUGAGCAUACUGCUGGCAGUAGCAAAGGCACCAGUGUGGUGAACACUUCAGAUUCACGUAAAAAAUCACUGACUACAAUAGCAGAUGAAUUACGUACAGCACAAAAGAAAAUGAUCAGUGGAGAUAAACUGUCUCCAUCUGAUUGUGAUUUUCAAAUGGUUGUACAGAAUGCUGUUGUUUUAUACAACCAACUGCCGCUUCCAAUACAUUUUAUACUGCCAGAUGUUUCAGAACAAAUUCCCGCUGGCAAUCAUUGUGCACUGAAAACUGUACGACCAAACAAUGCUACUAUAGAAAUAUCAUUUGAAUAUGAUCGAAAAAUGUAUCGAGGUAAAUUGGAAUUACGCCCACAGAUGGAUGAAUAUUGUGUUAUUGAAUUUGAAUCUCGUAUAGAAUAUGAAGUAUUGAAUUUGCACUUAGGACUGCAUGCUAUUUCAAAUUUGGGCCAAAUAUGUCUUACACUCUAUGCACCCUACUGGAUGAUAAAUAAAACUGGAAAAGAUUUAACCUAUAAAUCGGUAGAUGACUCUGAAAUUUCUCAUCCGGCGACAUUUACUGGUGCUCUACUCUACUCAUCCUUGACGAAAUCAUUUUUCGGCAAAAGAAAGAUACAAAAAAAUACAAGUUUUCAUUCAUCCGAUGGAGAAGUUUAUACUGAAUACACUGAAACUCAACCAUUGGCCUUAACGACACCACUGCAUCCAGCAGCAUCAACAGCAGUAGCAGUAGCCGCAUCCUCAUCAUCAUCAUUCCAGGCGUUAAGACAAAACUCUCAGACAGAAAUCACUGAGGAACAUCUGACUAUACAGCCAAAAACCAAACACAAUAAUCAUGAAUCAGACCAGUCAAAGAGUCGAUUAUCCAAACGAUCUUCAAGAAAAUGGUGGCGUAUAUCAUCAAGGCAUAGAGAUUCUUCAAAUUCAAGUUGCUGUAGUGGACGCUUCUCAUCGAAUAAUAAGCGUAAAAAGUCUUCAUCGAAACGCAAACUGGCUAAUAAUCGUUCUUUGAAAUUCGGUAGUAAAAUCCAGGCUGCUGUUCGUGUAUGUGAUUCCGGUUGGUCUGAUAAAUUUUCAUUGGAUACUGUUGGAAGUGCAGGUCGUGUACACUGUACAACAAAAUCUAAAAUUUCCUAUGAGGUUGGAAUAAAAAUCAAUUUAUCAAGUUCUGGGUUGACAAAGAUUGUAACAUUUAUGCCAUAUUUCUUGAUUGUGAAUAAAGCUAACAUAGAUAUUGACUGUUGUGAAGUGGAUGAAAGUGAUGGAAAAACGCCACAGUCUGUAAGUUCACAAUGGAUUACAGUACCUGCUUGUGAAGCUGCACCAUUUUGGCCGACUGCAACUAAUUCAAAGAAUAUGUUAAUGAAAUGUCGUGUUGAAAAGGAUAUUAUGACUACAUCAUUUCCAAUUUAUGAGUCACACUCAACUUUCAUGAGGUUGGAUCAAAAGUAUCCUGGCAUAUUUGUUGAAGUCGAGACAACUGAAGAAGCAACUGUCAUUACCUUGCAAAUGUAUCAAGAAGGAAUGGCUUUAGUUCGUCUUGUUAAUAAUUUAGGCGAUUCACAGCCUGUUUUCUAUCAUCAAAGUGGACUUCCACAGACCGUUCAUCGUUUAGACGCUGGUAUGUCUAUCAUGUAUGCAUGGGAUUGUCCACGUGCUAAACGUGAAUUAGUCCACUAUUGUAAAGACUCCGACAGUCGUCAUUCAAAUAAGUUGACCAAUGAUGCUGUUGAAGAAUUCUAUGUAAAUAAUACAAAAGCCUAUUGGGUAUCGUUUAUGUGGAAUAUGCAAAGAGUAUUGUUGUUUACUCAAGAUGUAAAUGUAGCUAAAAAUGCUAGAUUAAGUUCUGAUCUCGAACCAAUAGAUCAAGAAGUUGUUAUCUCUCUUCAAUCAAUCGGCAUUUCUUUAGUCGAUAAUACUGCACGGGCUGAAAUAGCUUAUGUGUCUAUUACCAGUUCCGGUGUUCGAUGGAGUCAAGUGAAACGUGGCAAUCGUCUAAAGCCAUUACAAGUUGCCUUAAGUGAAAGCCUAGAACGUGCUUAUACAGAUUACACGAAUUCCUCGAGUGAUGCAGAUAAAACAUCAACGAGUAUUGUUAAAUUAACUGAUACCAGUCAUCCAACUGAAGUGGAUUUCAGUCGAAUGCUUAUGCUUAAACCUGAUCAAUGCGAAUUAAGACGGGCGUUUGAACCUGGUGUAUUCUUACAGUAUAAAUCUUCACUUAGUCAGAUGCAAAUCCAUGCAAAACUGUUCCGAUUACAGAUUGAUAGUCAACGACUGGACUCCACCUUUCCUGUUGUACUGGCAGCUUAUCCUCAACCGAAAUCAGUCGCACUUGAUUCAGGUAUUAAACCUUUACUUGAAUGGUCGGCUAUUAUUGGGCGUACAGCCAAUCCUGGUUCAUUUCGUUUCAAGUACUUCCGUGUACUUAUACAAGAAAUGCAACUGAAACUUGAUCAAGGAUUUUUGUACGAUGUAGCUAAUUUCUUCGGUAGUGCUGUAGCUCAUGUAUCUAAGGAGGAAGCAUUCAAACAGGAUUAUAUUCUGAUCACCAGUAAGCUAAUUGAUUCACCGGUUGUACAAGCGCAUCUACAAGAAGGGAAUCGCUCAAUCUUUGAUAAUUUCCAUAUUUCACCGAUUAAGGUACAUGUCAGCUUCUCUCUUACUGGUAGUACAGAAGGCAAAUCAUCUGCAUUCCCAAGUGAAGUGCUUAACCUGUUCUUACAGUCUCUCGGAGUAGCGUUAACUGAAGUCCAGGAUGUGAUUUUUAAGCUAGCUUACUUUGAACGUCAAGCGUGUAUCAUGACAGUGAAUCAAAUGACAUUAGAAAUGUCACGUCAUUAUGUCAGUCAAGGAAUUCGUCAAAUGUAUGUAUUAAUAUUGGGCUUAGAUGUAUUGGGUAAUCCAUUCGGUGUACUACGUGGUAUGGCACAGGGUGUUGAAGAUCUUUUCUAUGAACCAGUUAAGGGUGCUGUUCUUGGUCCAGAGGAAUUUGCUGAAGGUGUUGCUUUAGGUGUACGGAGUUUAUUCGGUCAUGCGUUAGGUGGAGCAGCUGGUGCAGUUUCUCGUAUUACAGGAACUAUUGGCAAAGGUAUAGCUGCAUUAACUUUAGAUGAGGAAUAUAAGCGUAAACGACGUGAACAAUUAGCGCGACGGCCAGAAACUUUUGGAGCUGGCCUGGCUCAGGGUGGUCGAGGUUUAGUUAUGGGAGUAUUCCACGGUUUUACUGGAGUGGUCACGAAACCUGUUGAAGGUGCUAAAAAGGAAGGUGUUGAAGGCUUUUUCAAAGGUUUUGGCAAAGGUUUGGUCGGUGCAGUAACUCGCCCAGUUUCUGGAGUUGUAGAUUUUGCUAGCAGUUCAUUCGAAGGAAUUCGCAGGUUAGCUGACACCGCCCAAGAAGUUUCACGUGUUCGUCCUCCUCGCUACAUUCGUUCUGAUGGAAUUAUUAGACCGUAUGAAAGACGUGAAGCUGAUGGUCAUCUUAUACUUAGACAUGUAGAUAAAGAUGGCAAUUCCGGUCAAUAUCUCUUUCAUGUUCCAUCUAUUCGAGGAAGCAAUGUACUGUUUCUAACCACAAAUGAAUUACUAAUCAUUGAAUCUAUGGAUAUACUGGGAACAUUUUCUGUUAAUUGGAGAACUCCAUUGGAAAAUGUUUCUGGAGUACCGACUGUCAAUAAGAAUGGGAUAUUGAUUACUUUAAAAGAGAAACAGAAGAAAUUGUUCAGCUCAGGUCAACAAACAAAACAAUUCGACUGUGAUCCUAAUCUAGCUAAGCUAAUGGUUCAGCAGAUCGAUUUGGCCAUCACUAAACCUGAACAGUAGACUUCAGUUCCUGAUCCGUGUGAUGAAAAUGUGUUCAGUUUAGGGUAACCCUGCGACGGUGUAUCUACGUCUAUCUAAACAGUCUCUAUCAUCAUCAUUUUUGUGAUCGAAUUAUGCACAAAAUUCUAUUCAUGUUAUACUAUUAUUACUGUUAUAAGUAAAAUUUUUUCAUCUUCUAUUCUAUCAUUAACACUUUUUUUCUACAAUAUUUUGAUGUUAAUCCCACCCAGCUCAGUUUAUUUUUGCCUUUAUGAUGAUUACAUGCGCAUAGAGAACAUUCUUGAUGAUGAUGAUGAUAAAAAUAAUAAUGAGAUGGAUAAGAGUUUAUGAAAUCCCUUUCCGCAAUUUACACACUCAUUCAAAGCAAACAUUCACAUUCACCUGUUUUCAAAUCUGCUUCUUUUCUUAUUAAAAUGGAGUUGUAAUAGAUUCUUAUUCAACUGUAAUUACAUUAUUAACUAUUUUUGUGAUGGUUAUAAAAAGAAAAUUAAAUUCUAUUGUUUCAUUCAA